AUGCUCGGUGGACAAAAACAGGCAAGAACCGAAUUCGGAAACAUCUUACCAGCGAGACUCAAAGUGCGCAACUUGCAGCAAAAGCCACGUUGUCAGCAUGAAUUGGACAGAACAGAAGGCGGUGAUGGCGGUGAUGGCCCAGUCGCGGCUGUUGAGGAGUCGGAAGUUCCUCAGGAAAGCAGUCCUGCGGCUGCCAGGCCUGACCCUGGCACCCUUAAGGACGACGUAGGAGAUCUCAAAGUGUCAGGAAUGCCUAAAGGCCCUGAAGCCACAGCCGGCUGCAACGGAGCAGCGGGGAAACCAGGUCCAAGCGAGCGAGGACGUGGACGCGCUAAGGUGGUUACCGAAGAUUUUUCUGGCGCAGCAUCAAGAAAGCAGUCAGAAGGCCAGCAGGCUCAAGCGGCAGGCAGCCGAGCCACACACGGCGAAACGCAACGUACGGGCGCAGCCGCCCCGCAGCCAAGGACAGCUGAAGAUAUCUGGCAGAUGAAUUUGGCACUGGGCCAGAUCGUCGGACAGCUUGCGGACCCCGAGGACUGUAAGCCAGGCAGACGCAAACAGAACGGCCCAACGCUGACGGAGAACCUCACUAAGCGCUGGGGUGGGAAUUACAGUCAGCUCCUGGAUAAGUCGUUUGCAGCGCCGGAAGUCGAGGAGCCGCCGCCCCCAAAAUACGAGCCGCCCCUCUUCCUGGAGGAAACGGGCGCCGAGGAGGGGUAUCAGGACGAGGACGACCUGCCGCUGCGACCAAGGACGCAAGCUGGCAAGGACACGGCUGCCGCGGCCGGCGGCUUUAAGAGUCCCGUAUCUGGGGUUAUCCUUGCGGGCACUGCCGCUGCGCCGAUGUCUGCCCAGAAAGCCGGGGCUGCUGCUGCGGCCCCCAAAGCUGGUGGGUGCCGGGGGGGAGCAGCCGCAGGCAGCAAAAAGGCGGCAGGCAGCUCAGCUGCGGCGGUGACUCGCGCGCCCAAGGGGAAAGGUAACCUGGUUGCCUUGGUAGAGAGCCCGGAGGGCGGUGUGGGGCAGCAGGGCCGCGAGGAAGCGGAGUUCACGCAUGAAGCGUUGGCGGAUGUGGACACCAGCGGCGGCGACCAGUGCGACGUGCAGGCUCCCGGGAGAACCCAGCGUGUUAACGAGGAUGUGCAGCCUGGGCCCCGGCGCGGCGGGCGAAAGCCCCGGGUUGCUGGAACGGGGACGGCCGCGACGGCAGCCCAGUCGAGGCCGCCAGCACCGAGGCGGUCAAUGCGCGGAGCGGGGGUUGCUCCCAAGAUGGGGCCGGCCGCUGCCGCGGUGGACGGCCCCCAGGGGGAUCAGGACUGUGGGGAUGUGAUGGACGUCCAGGCGAUGACGUCCGCCGUGCCCGCCCCGGCCACGAACCCCAACCGCGCUAAGCACCGCUCCACCAUCACGGCGUUUGGUUCCACCGUCAGCAAGCCGCCGCUUCCUCCGCAGGGCGCCACGGUAGACAGCAUGGAGGAUAUCGCAGCGGCGGUCAGUGGGGCGGAUCUAGGCACAGCCGCCACGAAACGAUUGCGUGAUGCAGUCGCCACAGCGGAUGAGAAGCAACGCUUAAGUAAGGCAUGUCGUACGGAGCAGCAGCAGGCGAAAGACAUUGAGGCGCUGCGCAGCCGCAACGCUGAGGUCGAGCUCAAGUGUCGACAGCAGGCGGAGCAAAUCAAGGAGCUGAAGGAGGAGAAAACGGUGGUUGAGAAGCGGUUGGCGAGCCUGGAAGCUGAACGCAAACGCGAUGCGAGCGAACUGGCGGCAGCGCACCGCGAGAUUGAGAAGCUGAAGGCGGACCUCAAGGACCGCGAUGAGAAGAUCAAGGCGCGCGAUAUGAUGAAGGAUAAGUUGGAGGCACUCAUGAAGAGCUGGCCGCCAAAAUAG